CGGGAAGGCGCGCGUCGCAGCGAAGAGACGCCCACACGCGCCGCGCAGGAUCCCUAGCGGGGACCGUAGGGACAACCUUCCCGGGAAAGGAUCGACCCUCCGCUUCCAAGAGUGCCCGGCACUCCCCUGUUCCGGACCAGCCCAAAGGCCUUUGGAGGCCAGCCGCGAAACCCCUGGGGCUCCUUCGGUGCCUAUCCGACCCGGGGUGGUUCGUCCUGUCCAGGCUUCCCCACCCAAACCGGGGUCCCAGUUUUCCGCGGAGCUCAAGGUUCAUGGAACAGUGGCCGCCAGCCGCUUGGACUACCGCUGCGGCGACACCGUGUGGUCCCCAGCACGGGCUCCAGGGAGAACAGCUCUCGGCCGCACUGCGGUUUUGCACCAAGGGAGAGGGAAUGAGCCCGCGACACAAACGCAAAAAGGAGUCUCUGGGGCUGGAGACGGAGACCCGGCACGCCCGGGACCCAUCACGCUUGGGGACCACGGGUGACUGCCAGUCCGCCACUCCACAAGCGCCGACGCCACUUCGGAGGUGAACUUCCAGGGAGGUGUGCAGUCAUGGGAAGCCUACCCCCACACCGCUGUGGCAGGGGCGAGUCCUCGUUAAGAGGGGCUCCUGUGACCUGCGCGACCCGCAUAAGUGCCACGAAAGCUAACCAAACCUCCGAGGUCCCACCCGCGGACAGCGCCACACCGAGCUCGGGGUCCGAUGCCGGGCCAGUCCCGCGCGUCUGCGCUUCGGGGCACAGGGCCUGCGCUCCAGGAUCAGGUCCCCUGAAUCGGGAACAGAGCCCGCGUUUCCCCGCAUCCUCCCGGUCCCGCGGCUCAGCCCAGCAUCCCCGAACCCAGCCUCGCAGCCCCGGCUCUAGCUGCCGUCGUCCCGCACUCACCGCGCCCCCGCUCCCGGCGCCCGCGCAGCCUCCGCCCGCUGUCCCGGCGCCGCCGUCUCUCCGCAGGACUGCAGGCCAGGGACGUGACUUGCGACGACGCCAGGCAGAGAGCGAAGUGAGUAGUCAAAGAAAAUUUACCCUGGACAAACCGGCUGCUGGCACCUCAGCUGCCGAGGUGGGAAGCGCCCUCUGCGGGAAUGAAGUCAUCCUACCCUCUCCUGGGUGCGCCCAGAUAACCGACCAGAGCUUUCCUUUCCCAAGCUCUGGGGCCUGAGGACUUCCAGCUACUCCUCCAGGUCCUCAAGUUCCCGACUCCGACAUAAUUCCUCGCCUCCUUCUGCGAGCCUUGCAUAGGAAAAGAGAAGUACUAGUCCAAACCAGUCCAGUACCCAAGGCCCCAUAACUGCGGCAGCCUAUUUCUUGGCCUUCUUGAUGCCAUUAAUGUAGCUUACAAUUUAACACAACCCACAAACACUGAAAAUAUCAAGGCCGGUCUCAGGCUGGGGACAUCCGUUAGUUCAAAUGAAUAUUGGUUGGUACCCAGGUGAAAGAGUAUUAAGUGUGAGCGUGUUCUUUCCCUAAAUUUAUUGUUUAUUAUUUUUUGUUUUUUUGGAACAGGAUCUCUCUCUCUCUCUCUCUCUCUCUCUCUCUCUCUCUCUCUCUCUGCUUAGACUUCCUUGAACUCACUCUGCAGACCAGGCUGUCCCCCAAACACAGAGAUUUGCAAGGGUCACCAAGCCAGCCCCCUUUCCCCUGCUUUAUCCCCUGAGAUGGAUCUCUCCCCCUUCGUCCCAAGGCCUGCAUGGCCUCACACUGUAGGAAACAUGUCUGAAAGACCAGUCCCUUUCUCCUCCUGUCCAUGGUCCCAGACUGCUGAGACAGGCAGGCCCAGAAGCUGAGGCAAGGGGAUAGCUUUGGCCUAGGAAUUUGAAGCCGGCCUUGGCAACAUGGUGAGAUUUCCAAGAAGAAAAAGCACUUUGGAGGAGUCAAGCCCCGGCCACCCUCCUCUGGCCUUUGAUCCCCAGCUUCUGUCUGGCCCAGAGGCCUUCUUCCCUCUGCCUCUCUGGCCCUCCCUGGUGACCCUUUUCCUCUGAGUGCAGUCAAACAACCCUUGAUCUAUUGUUCAUUAUAAUCCCAUAGGGAUCGCUUCUGACUUGAAUCUGGGUGCCUUUUUGAAAGAAAAGCAGUAAAAACCGAAUACACAUGGCCUUGGGUUUCCAUCCUUGGAAGGGUCCCAGAAAAAUGAGGGUCAAUUGUCUUCAGCAUGCCAGCAACUCAGAUCCACAUCCGUCUGGUGGUGACACAAGUCCAGAUUCAAUGCCUGUGAAAUAAAAACAAAAACAAGAACUUAGCAAAGAGGAUGAGGACUGAAGCGUUCCACGUGGAACCUCCGCUGCUUUAGCUACGCCCGAGAGAAGAGAGGACCCGACUCCAUUUGAAGACAACUUACAUACGCCCUUGGGAGGAAGACAGCUGCCUGCCUCUUUACAGCUUAGGGCCAAACUGCUUCUACAAGCCCGGUGUGAGGCUGCCAAAAGGACAAGAGAGGAGGAAAAUAUUGUGAUAAUGAAAUGUCAGCACACUAAUAAUGGCGAAUGCUUCCUUAGUUGGGUGAACCCAACUCACCGCCAGCGAGCAGGAACUCGGAGUCAAGACGGAGCUCCCAGAACUGAAUGGGAAGAGUUCUUCUUAGAAUAAACCAAGGUCACCAUGGAGGUUGCUGGCAAGGAAGUCUGAAGUGGUGUGGACUGGAAUAUCUUGUGUGGAAGGGAAAAGGGACUUGUUUUCAUUGCCCUGCUCAUAGGCACAAACAGUGACUCUCAAGUCUCAAAAACCCCAGCACAGCACAACAGCUCAUUAUGUCACUGUGGUUUUGUUUGAAAAGGGCAAAGAGGCAAGUUAGGACCGGAGCCUGCCGCCAGCCUUAACGCCGCACUUUCCUCUCCUCAAGAGUUAAGACAUCGUCUCAGUGCACUAAGAUUUUGUGUUUCUUUUGUCAUAUUAAGAGCUACUUGUCGUAUUAUUCUUAACUAAUUUCUCUUAUUUUACAGUAACUAAAAGCCACCAUCAAUCCCGUCCUUUUGAAAAGUAGACACAAGAUUAGGGUGGUGGGGAUGCUGUCCUGGGGUCAAAUCCAGACAAGCAGCGUCGCCACACCUCACUGUCAGACCCUUGGCUUAUGUUUUUAUAACCCCCUCACACAGGAAAUCUCAGCGAUGAGUAGGAGUCUGUCCUCCAAGGAGAGCCUGCUGGCAUCCUGUUCAGGAACCGUGUGGUCCUCUUCAGGGUGCUGGUGGGACCAGGUGAUGAAGGCCAGCACCAGGAAACACUCAUGACCAGCCAUUCAGCAAACACUCGUGAGUUUAAACUCACACACUCACAGCUCCCGUGAUAAGCAGCGGUUCUAUAGUAACCAUCGCCAUGGACAGACCUCGGUGCCCAAACACUGCCUGGGUUUCUGUGGCUUCUUUUUUGACUAUGGCUAGGACAUCUGGAUCUGGAGCAAUGCUCCCAGUCUUAGCUGGGAGAGGACUGAUGGGAGAGAGGACCAGUGAGAACACACGCAUCUAGGAUUUAUCUUUAUACAGCCAGGCUACUUUAUUAGUUUAUUAGUGUGAACUAGGGAUAACCUGGCUACCUCAAACAAGUACCUUUUUAGAUAAAAAAACAAAACAAAACAAAACAUUUUUAAGCAGUCAGCUAGAUUUUAAGGAACUAGAAAGUACAGAAAAGUACUUACUAUGUGCUUGUUCAUGAGCAGAGGACACACAGAUGGAGAAUUAUCCUAAUUCAGCUAAAAUAAAGUUAGCUUUGUUUUGGGCCUAAUUCUCUUGAACUUUCCAAGAGCUAGUUAGAGAGGAGCCAAGGAGAGGGCUGGGGGAACGCCUGGCCUAGGGGACGAGUUUCUGAGCCUUGGUCGCGUGUCCUGGACACACUCUGUGCCUUUGCUUGUGGCUGCUCCUGUCACAUGCUGGGGUAGGUGGUGCACAUUCUAGAAUCUUUAUGUAUGGAGCAAGAACUAUAUACCCACUGCCACCCUGGCUGAAGACCUGACAGAAUCCUAUUACCUUUCUAGACCAGAUUGCCACUUAAAAAUUAAUAUUUUUAUUAAUAUGAACAUUUUAAGAAAAGUUGAUUACUACUAUUAAACCCCACAUAUAUACCACCCAUCUAGCUCACCA